CUACAAGAUCAAAAAAAUAAACAACUAAAUAAUAGUAAACAAUGUCAAGUAUUUUCAAAUUUUAUUAUGAUCUGAUGUCGCAACCAUCGCGUGCUCUGUGGAUAUCAUUCAAAUUGGGCAAGACCCCUUUUAAGGACUGUCCGGUAGCAUUGCGAAAACGUGAGCAGUUAACUGAUGAGUAUAAACAAAUCAAUCGCUUCCAAAAAGUACCGGCACUGGUGGAUGGUGACUUUCAUCUCAGCGAGAGUAUAGCUAUACUGCGGUACCUCUCGGACAAAGGUCAAUUUAGUGAAAAACUCUAUCCCAAGAAUAUAAAGGAGCGCGCCCGUGUCGAUGAGUUUUUGGAAUGGCAGCACUUGAGCGUGCGAAUGAGUUGUGGUUACUACUUUAUGCAAGCAUGGCUCUUACCAAUAAAUAGGUUAGCACCCAAGCCAAGCGCGGAGAACAUCGAUAAAAUGAUCAAAAAUGUGGAAAGUAAUUUAAGCCUUAUUGAGCGUCUUUGGCUGGACAAUGACUUUUUGACCGGACAGCAGCUAACUGUGGCAGAUUUGUUUGGAGCAACUGAAAUUGAGCAAUUAAAACUAUGCCAGUAUAAAGUGAACGAGAAGAAAUUUCCCAAGGUAUUCAAGUGGCUUCAACGUGUACGCCAGGAAUCCAAUCCCUACUUCGAUGAAGCGCAUUCAUUUAUCUCCGUAAAAUCUAAGCAGGCUGCUUUAGCUAAGCUGUAGUUGUCUCCAAAAAGAUUCACGUUUUUAGCAUUUAUCAAGUCUCUUUGUUACGCACUGUUAUGCUUAAGUUAUUGCCUUGUAGUAUAUGUACAUACUAUAUAUAAAUAAAUAAAGUUUUGUCUAUGUGUGCUGCAACGACAACGAAGCAGCAACAUCGAAGACAGAGCAUCGCACUUAUAAUAAUAAUAA